UAUCAGAGGUUUGAGGCACAAAGGCGGAAGACCCUCAACACUGGAGCAGCUCUCCAGUACUUGAGGGAUAAUGUCUUCACGGCCUCUGCCGGAAGCAGGCGCGUGGAAGGCGUUCCACAGGUCCUAAUAUUGCUAAGUGGUGGAAGGUCUUCUGACAGUGUUGACGCACCAGCCUCUGCUCUCAAACAGCUGGGUGUCUUGACCUUUGCAAUUGGAACCAGGAGCUCUGACAGCAGCGAACUGCAGAAGAUAUCCCACGAUCCCAGUUAUGCUCUAUCUGUGUCUGAAUUCACUGACCUUCCCAGUGUCCAACAGCAACUUCAGUCCUCCGUGGAGGCUGUGGUUAUUGACGUCACCCCAGAAUCACCAACUGUAUUUGUUGACACUGCCAAAAAGGAUAUCGUAUUCCUUCUGGAUGGUUCUGAUGGCACAAGGAAUGGCUUCCCUGCCAUUCGUGAUUUUGUUGAGAGAGUGGUGGAGAAACUCAAUGUGGGAGAAAACAAAGACCGAGUCUCUGUGGUCCAGUACAGCAGAGAUGUAGAGGUCCACUUUGAUCUGAAAACAUACAAAACACCAGAUGAUAUUUUGGAUUCGGUCAGAGGGCUGAGACACAGAGGAGGCAGACCCCUCAACACCGGGCAGCCCUCCAAUACGUCAGGGACAACGUCUUUACAAACUCCUCCGGGAGUAGGCGCCUGCAAGGUGUUCCACAGAUGUUGAUCCUGCUAAAUGGUGGAAGGUCUUUUGACAAUGUAGAUACCCCAGCCUCUACUCUCAAACAGCAGGGCGUCUUUGUGAUUGGCAUUGGAACAAGGAACUCUGAUAGUAGAGAGCUGCAGAAGAUAUCAUAUGACCCUAGUUACGCUCUAUCAGUGUCUGAGUUCACUGACCUCCCCAGUGUCCAAGAACAGCUCUCCACUGUAAUGAGCAAGGUGCUAGUGAGGGCCACGCCCAUGACACCAACAGUAACUGUGGAGAGACAGCUACCAGGAAGGGAUGUUGUGUUCUUGUUGGAUGGAUCUGAUGGUACUAGAACUGGAUUCCCAGCUAUGCGAGACUUUGUCCAAAGAGUAGUAGAGACACUCAGCGUGGAUGACAACAAAGACCGUGUCUCAGUGGUUCAGUACAGCAGAGAUCCAACUGUCCAGUUCUAUCUGAACACAUACGCGACAAAAAGGCGAGAUCC